AUGCAGCUGGGGUUUUUCGACGAUAUCGAUGAUCUCUUGGAACAGUCCAAGUCGCAACAUUUAAACCCGAACUCUGGUGAUGAAGGUCAAAUUGUAGAAGAACUAAAAUUUAGAUCAUCAAUUCCCGACAUUGAAUCGGAUGUACUGGAUAAAGUUGAUGAAUACAUUAGGACGCGAAAUGAUCUAUUUAUCGAUGAAACCACUGAUAACCGAAAUGAUACUCCUGAUCAGUUUGAAUUCAUACCCAACACAAAUCGCAUAGAAUAUAACCAACCAGAGUGUGUCAUUUGCAGUGAUGGCCUGAUUUCACUGGAUGAAGAAUUUAUUGGCUAUUUGGACAUCUGUAACCACAUUUUUUGCUUCAAAUGCAUCAAUGCAUGGGCUAAUCGCACUAAUAUUUGCCCACUUUGCAAGCGUAAGUUUAGGCACAUACGAAAGCUAUCUAAGGAGGAUUUGACUAUUGAGGCUGGAAAAAUAUCAUUCAUACAAAACAGCGGAAAUGUCGUAUUGGUGGAGGAUAAAUCACUAUUAUCGCCCCGAGAUCAACAAAUUCAGGAUACUGGCUGUGAAAUAUGUGGUCAUGAUAAUGACUGGGAUAUGAUGUUAUUGUGUGAUGAGUGUGAUAAUGGGUUUCAUAUUUAUUGUCUAAACCCGCCACUAACACAUAUACCGCCAGGUCUCUGGUUUUGCACAGUUUGCGUCGGAAAUAAUCCAAAUUUGCUUAGCUCCACUGAACAAAUCAACUCGGCAGUCUCUAACAGUAGUAAUAGCUCCAGGAAUAGCACUAGAGAUCUCAGAAUGGACAGGAUAUUAGUCGAAUCUGAUAGUUCAUACUCAGAUAAUAAUCAAGUAUCAAACACUAGCACUGAUAAUGAUGACAUCGAUAUAUCCGACCUGUCAAACUUAUCUCUCCUAUCGGACGUAAGCAAUGAACCUAAUAGGGCCUCCUCUAUCACUCUAUCUUCGACCAUGACCAAUGCAAAUUACAGAACCAGGACCAAUACCAAAACUAAUAUUAUAUCUAAGACUAAUAAUGUCUUAUCAAAUGGAGCUGGGAGAAGGAGGGGAAGGCCUAGGAGAACAAACACUGAUAGAGUUAGCAAUACCUCCAGUUCUAAGAACAGUACCAGCAGUUCAAGUGCCAAAAGAAAUACAACUACCAAUGGUAUUGUCAAUAGCACGAAAGGCAAUAAUACCCGUGUAGAUGAAACUAAUAUUGGUGGCAAAGUAAGAAAGAGUAGGUCUGAUAAGGGAAAGAAACGGAAGAAGAACAAUUUGACACCCAUUCAGGCGCUUGGUCGGAGUUUCCGACUUGGUGCCAGCGAGAGUAUUCCAAAUAACGAUCCAAUCAGCACCAUUUUCAAUAGGGAGCGCGUUCUGACUAGCAGGUUAUCUGUUAGCAGUGGUUUUAGUGGUAGAGACGACACGAACGUGCCACACAUGCGGGCCGCUACGGAAAGUCGUUUACUACGUUUCAUGAAUUAUGAGUAUCAAAAAAACUCGACAUGGAACUAG